AUGCCGAUGCCCGUCUACACCACCAGGAGGCCUUCUAUCCCUGAGCCUUCCCUGCCGAUGGAGGCACGUACUGAGAACCCUGAUGUGAGCGUCCGGUGCCUUUCCACAUCUCCUCUCAGUAGCCCUAAAGUUAGCCUCAGCCCACCUGGUGGACCUCCUGGGGUCCAGGAAAUGCCGGUUGCCGACACACCUCAGCCGGCACGCCAACCCUGUGUCAGGGCUGAUAGCCUGGUGGUGCAGCAGAGAGCCAAGAGGCCCUGCCGAGUCUCCCUCGAAGGUCCCCAGGCUGGCUCCAAGGUCCAUGGGCUGGGACACACCCAGGCACCACCCAAGUAUCCUGAGGAGAACACGUGUCCAGCUGUCAGCAACGCUUUGGCAGACCGUUCCCAAAUGGCCCUCCAGACUCCAGGCAAGAACUGUGCCCAGAUGCCCCUAGACAGGACCCAGAACCCCCGAAAGAAAGCGCGAUGGAGCCCCACCCAGCACACCCCCAGGAGCAUCCAGGGAGCCCACGUGGGGAUUUCGGGGAGUCUAUGUUCCCCAGGAAGCAGACGUGCACGUGGAUGCACAGCCGUGCCCCCGCAGACCAGGAAGACACCUGCCCUCCUGCCAAGCAAGGGCACCCGGCCCACACCUGCCACACCUCACCUGGAAACGCUGCAGCCGUGCACCGGGCCUCCACGGCCGCCCUCUGUGCUGGCCCCCACUCAGCCCCUGAGAAUGGUCUUCACCAGAUUGGACAGAAGCUGCUGGAGCUCCAGGUUCCUAGCAGCUCCCUCAUUCCUUCCUCCCGAGAAGCCAAUCCCUGCUCAGGGCCUUCCUGCCGCCCACAUGCUGGAUGGAGCCCGUGACUAUGUCCCCUGGAGCAUCCUCCACGAUGACCUACAGGUGUCCUCAUCCUCAGAAGACACUGAGAGCGAAUGA